CCGGUCGCGCCGCGGACCGUGCUGCGCAGGUGAGUGCGGACUCGUUGCGGUUCGCGGUGUCCUGGCGGUCAGCGCGCAGGGUCUCCCGCAGCCAGCUUCGCGGCCCACCACGUCUCGGUGCCCACAGCGGUGACGCUUGAGUGGCGACCACCGUCAGACCCAGAGAGCUUAGCAGGUGGCGGAUCGGAGAAGCUGUGUCACUUCACCAAGAGUGACGGCGUGCGGGGGCGAAGCGGCUCCAGGUGACAUCGCAAGUCUUUUGACGCGCUGCGGCCCUGCAGGUGCUUCAGCUCCAGUCCUUCCUUGAGAGGGAGACCAGGUGAUGGCAGCCAUGAUUCCAUCGGUUUGGCCCCAGGUGAGCUGUGAGUCCCUCAUCCCCUCUGGGCAGUUCAGAUUGAGACCUGGGAGCUGUCGAGACUUGGAAGGAAAAGCACUUCUACCUGCCGCCUGGAUCUCGUGGGAAAGGUGGGCAGACAAGAGGCAGAGACUCGGGCAGUGGCCAGUGAAGGUGGCAGGACAGUGAACUCAGCAGACGGAGUCACUCAAGGGUCUGUAUGGCACUGCACUUGAGCACCCUGGCAGAGGGCCUCUGGAAAAUGUUGCUGUGGAAACUACCUAUAUGGUACUUUGAGGAGUUGCAGAGGUCUAGGAAGUCGGUGACCUUUGAAGAUGUGGCUGUGUACUUCACGAAGAUGGAGUGGGAUGGCCUGUCCCCUGCGCAGAGAGCACUGUACAGGGAUGUCAUGCUGGAGAACUAUAGGAACUUGGCCUCUGUGGGAUUUCCACUUCUCAAACCUGCUGUGAUCUCACAGCUAGAGGAACAAAAGGAUCUGGAAAACCUGUCUCAGCUGGCCACUGGAACAGACUCCCAGGGCCUCUGGACUGAAUGUACUGCUAUCCAGCCUGGCAAUAAUUUGACAAAAGAAGUGUAUGAAGAAAAAAAGAACACAUUAUUUGAAUUUCAGAAGGACUUUUCUCAGGAAACAGACUUUUCAAAAACUUAUAUUGUUGGCCAACAACAGGAAAUCCAGUCAGCAGGAAGUGAGAGGGAGACUGUCCAUGCCACUGAUGGAAGAGCUAAGACAAGCUCCAAGGAAGGGUGUUUAUUUAGUCAAACUCCACACUUGUCCCAGCAUCAUACCAGCUCCCCCGGAGAGGAAUACUCUGAUACCAAACUUAAGAAUGAAAGAGUUACUACAGAGGAAAAACCUUUGAAACACAAAGAAUUAGCAGAGGCUUCUCAAGGUAGCUCGCAGGUUAAUCAGCUUCCAGAAAUCUGUGAUGUGGAGAAGCCCUAUCAGUGUACAGAAUGUGGCAAAGCCUUCAGUGUUAAAGCCAAGUUUGUUUGGCAUCAAAGACUUCAUAAUGGAGAGAAACCUUUCAAAUGUGUGGAGUGUGGGAAAUGCUUCAGUUACAGUUCACACUAUAUCACACAUCAGACAAUCCACAGUGGAGAAAAGCCUUAUCAGUGUAAGGUGUGUGGCAAAGCCUUCAGUGUUAAUGGAAGUCUUGUUAGGCACCAGAGGAUACACACAGGAGAGAAGCCCUAUCAGUGCAAGGAGUGUGGGACUGGCUUUGGCUGUAGUUCUGCAUACAUUACUCAUCAGAGAACCCACACUGGGGAGAAACCUUAUGAGUGUAGUGACUGUGGGAAAGCUUUCAAUGUUAAUGCAAAACUGAUUCAGCAUCAAAGAAUUCACACUGGAGAGAAGCCUUAUGAGUGUGAUGUGUGCGGAAAGGGCUUCCGGUGCAGCACCCAGCUUAGGCAGCAUCAGAGUAUACACACUGGAGAGAAGCCACAUCGCUGCAGUGAGUGUGGGAAAGGCUUCACUAAAAAUGCAAAGCUCAUUCAACAUCAAAGAGUGCACACGGGUGAGAAACCCUAUGAAUGCAGCGACUGCGGAAAGACUUUCAGUGCCAAAGGGAAGUUAAUCCAGCACCAGAGAAUCCAUACAGGUGAGAGACCUUAUGAAUGUAGCGAAUGUGGGAAAUCUUUUAGGUGUAACUCCCAGCUUCGGCAGCAUCUGAGAAUCCAUACUGGGGAGAAGCCAUAUAAGUGUAAUGAGUGUGGAAAGGCCUUCAAUGUUAAUGCAAAGCUAAUGCAGCACCGGAGAACUCACACUGGUGAGAAGCCGUUUGAAUGUAAUGAAUGUGGGAAGUGCUUUACUUCUAAAAGAAACCUGCUUGAUCACCAGCGAACCCAUACUGGAGAAAAGCCAUAUCAGUGUAAGGAGUGUGGGAAAGCUUUCAGUAUCAAUGCCAAGUUAACUAGACAUCAGCAAAUACAUACCAGGGAGAAGCCUUUCAAGUGUAUGGAGUGCGAGAAAGCGUUCAGCUGUAGCUCUGACUAUAUUGUGCACCAGAGAAUCCAUACUGGAGAGAAACCCUUCCAGUGCAGCGAGUGUGGCAAAGCCUUCCAUGUCAAUGCGCACUUAAUUAGACACCAGAGAAGCCAUACUGGGGAAAAGCCUUUCCGAUGCAUGGAGUGUGGCAAGGGCUUCAGCCUUAGUUCUGACUGUAUUAUACAUCAGACUGUCCAUACUUGGAAGAAACCCUAUGUUUGUAAUGUAUGUGGCAAAACUUUCAGGUUUAGCUUCCAACUAAGUCAGCACCAAGAUGUUCACCAGGAAGACAAAUCCUAAUGAA